AAAAUGAGGAAAAAUUAAUUGCUGAAAGUUGUUCAUUUUGCCUUUCCACAGCCAAUGCGGGCGUUCCUGGCGGGGAAAACGGGAGGAUAUGUACCGUUUAAUUCGCAAGAUAAAAUACCCCUAAACGUUUUGAGACACAGAAGCGGAAAAGGAAUCGUGAAAAUCUGUGUGUGUGCUGCAGCGGCAAUGAAAGGGGAGGGAAGAAACUAUUAUAGUUCCAGUACCUCCUACAGUCGUUCAGACUCAGAAUCCUCUUCUUCAUAUUCUUCACCAUCUUCUUCGUCAUCAUCAUCACGCAGUUCCAGUGGAUGCAAAAGGAAAAGAAAGCACCGUAGUAAUGGCAAGAGAUCGAAGCAUACCCACAAGUCUAAAACAGAUAACCACAGGAACUUGAAGUUAAAAAAGUCAGCUUCCUUUAGAGAAGACUCAACCAAAGAAAAAGCAAGGAAGCGUGCAAAGUUUGCAGUUAAGUUUCAAUGUGAGUCGAGUGUUUCAGAGGAUGAAGAAAGGAUGUACAAGAAAAAAAAGAAUGAAAAGGAGAGAAGACAAAGGAAUAAGCAUAGGAAGCAAAAAAAGAGUGAACCAAAGCACCAAACGGAGGCAUGCAAUGCAGGGGUGCUUUAUGAGAAUGCACUUAUUACUGGAAAGACAAAUGACGAAAAUACUGCUUUUCAGGUUCUAGCUGAUGCAAAGGAGCAGCAGAAAGCCAUCAUUAAGCGCAAUGCUGAAUUGGCAAAGGCAAGGCUAGCAAGUGGAGAACUUCAAAGAGCGAGGAAUGAACAAAUGAAAAUGCAGGAUCUUUAUGGUUUUGUUGACUGGAGGGCAAAGAAGAAGCUCCGAAAAGAAAAACGAAUCUUGGAACGAACCGUAGCCACAGGGAAGAAGCUAGCGAGUUUGGAUGAGCGUGAGACUGCUCGAAUGGAUGCUUUCCGUAUUGCAGUAGGAUUGCCAACCGCAGAAGCACAACGACAAGCAGAGUGGAGGGCCCAUGCUACAGAGAGUUUAGCAGAGUUUUCCAAAGGAUAUGAGUCGGCAAAAUCAACUUCUAGACAUUCAAAAGUUAUUGGUCCUUGUUUACCUCGGAGCUGAAACUCUAUGUAGAAGAUGCAGAUUCUGAUGGGAUUUAGAUUUAGGGGAAAUUUAAAUUUCUUGUUCAAUAUGUUCAAAUACCCAACAAUUAUAACUCAACAAACUACGGUAAACUCCGUGUAUAUUUGCAUGGUCUUUAUGCACUAUUUUUGUUGCCCUUUGAUGUAACCCGACAAAAUGUGUCACUUCUUACCGUAUUGGCCAGCUUCAUCCUCAUUUCAUAUUGAUAUAUCUUAGGUUUGUUUGUUCUGAACACGGGUAAUAUCCAAGUCGAGAAAAUCCUUUCUAUUUGGCUAUAGCCAUCACAACUGUACUUGCGCUAUUGAAAGCUACGCCAUAAUUUGAAGCCUGAUUCAUAUUU